UUAUUUUAUUUUAAUCAAUUAAUUUAAAAUAAAUAAAUAAUUUAAAAAUAUUUUUUUUUUAAAAAAAAAAAAAGAGAAAGGAGAAAAGAAAGUUAUGCCACGUAUCUCAUUACAGAAUCCACUCGCAUCGCUGGAACAGCUUAGUUGCUCUCCUUCAGUAAGAGAUGGAAUUCCAAGUGAUCUCGAAGAUGACCUUCGGAAUCUAGGCGGCGAGUUGAUUCAAAGUGCCGGUAUCUUACUCAAACUACCACAAGUAGCAAUGGCAACAGCUCAAGUGCUCUUCCAACGCUUCUUUUAUAUGGCUAGUAUGAGACAUCACGGUAUUGUGGAUAUAGGCAUGGGUGCAUUGUUCUUGGCUGCAAAGGUCGAAGAGAACUCUGUUCGUCUUACUCACCUUGUCACUGUGUAUGACUACCUUAUCAAAUAUUCGCGAGAUCAACCAACAUUUCCUCCAUUGGAUUCAUUUUCACAGAAAGCCUACGAUAUGAAGAACUCGCUGAUCACUGCAGAAAUGCAAAUAUUGAAGCAACUUGGAUUUAAUGUCCAUGUUGAGCUGCCUUAUGGUCUAAUGAUCAACUAUUUACGAAUCCUCAGUCUGGAAGAGCAUCCCACAGUACCUGGCAGAGCAUGGAAUUAUCUCAACGACGGGCUACGAACAAAUAUCUAUGUGACCCACCCACCAUCAACGAUUGCCUGUGCAGCCAUCUGGUUGGCGUGCAGAGAUCAGCAAGUUAAACUGCCAGUAUCACCUGGUAGUGAGUGGUGGCUUCUUUUUGAUACUCGACUCGAAGAUUUCAAGAAUGCAGCUGGGCAGAUCCGACGUCUCUAUUAUCGAAAGUUGAAUCGUCGUCUUUUACCACUCAAUCCAAAAGAAAUUAAAACGAUAACCUAUGUAUAAUACAAUCAACAACGGCACCAAUGAUAAAAUAGGAUAAUGUAUAUAUAUAUAUAUAUAUAUAUAAUAAAGAGAGAGAAAAAAAAAGAAACUUUUACUGUACUUGCAAGUGCACCCUGCUUUACCGGAAAAAAACCCCCAAGCAGGAAAACAAACAAGCAAACAAACAAGCAAGGAAGCACCCAAUCACUCAAUCAAUCAAUCAAUUCAUCAACAGAUGUGCAAGAGUAAGACGCGAGAUAGAGAGAUAGAUAAGGAUUAUAAUGGCUUUAUAAAUAAAUAAAGAAUUUUAUAUAUAAAU